AUGACCGCAUGUUCGAUUGUUGUAAUUCUAAUUUUACUUGGUACGAUCGUAGUUCAUUGCCAAAAUGAAACUGAACAAAGUCGAAGUCAUCAUCUCUGGGGUAAAAUCAAGCAUACACUGGCAUUCGAUAGUCGUCAACUCAAUUCAGAAGAAAUGCUCCUUUUCCCCGAUGUCGCAUUUCAAUCAGUAAAUGAUAAUCGUAUAUGGAGAGUUAUGAUACAUGGUUGGAAGUAUCGAACUAAUCGUGGAAAAUAUUGGUUAGGAUCUCACGCUACUUCAUGGCUUGAACGACUUGCCCGUAAUCUUUUGAAUCCAAGUGAAAUAAUGUAUCUCAAUGGAUCAAUUAAUCAUGAUCGACUUCGACCAUUUUUCGUCACAGAUCGAAUGAAUGAAGAUAUUCAAAUUACUAUUGGAAAUCAAACACAAACAAUACGAACUGAUCAGAAUGGUGAAUUUUACGAUCAAAUCGAAAUGACCAACGAUGCUAUUCAAACAUUAAAACGCGAGCAGCGCAAUGAUUUUCUUAGCUAUGAAGCAAGAGGAAAUAAUCGAGUAAAUGCAACAGGUGUUAUUCAACUCAUCGAACCAUCGGAAGGUAUUUCAGUCAUCAGCGAUAUUGAUGACACAAUUAAGGUUUCGGAAGUGUUGGAUAAAGUACGUCUUCUUGCUAAUACAUUUAUUUCUUCAUUUAAAGCAGUACCAGGUAUGCCGGAAUUAUUUCAACAGUGGAAAUCGAAGAAUAUCAAUUGUACGUUUCAUUAUCUAUCUGCUAUGCCCGAUCAACUGUAUACCUUAACACAAGAAUUUAUCGAUGAGAAUCAAUUUCCAAGUGGUUCUUUUCACAUGCGACAUUUUGGUUGGGCUGCAGCUUCUCUAUUCAAUUUUCUUCAUUCGAAAUCAACUUCAGCGCAUAAAAUUAGCUAUUUACAUUUCUUCUUGUCGAAUACUAAUCGAACAUUUGUUUUAAUCGGCGAUAGCGGAGAAAAAGAUCCGGAAAUCUACGGAAUCAUUACACGAGAAUAUCCAGAACGUAUUCGCGCAAUAUUUAUCCGAGCGAUUAAAGGUGAAUCAUUCAAUGAUCAGCGCUUUCUCGAUGCCUUUCAAGGUAUAACAAAAGAGAAAUGGUUGAUAUUCAAUGAUCCAAAACAGGUGCCAAUAGAUUUGUCACGAGCGCCAAGAACGUCGACGAAAUGA